CGGAAGUGCUCGGCCGCUGCCGCGACCCCGGCGCCCCGGAUGGGGAAGGAGGCGGGCGACCGCCUUCCCCCGGCCGCGCAGCCCCAGGAACUGCGGGCAGGAACUUGGCUGUAUUGUCCUGCCUCAGAGAGCAAACUCAUCUACUGCAGGCCUGGCCUGGGUUGCUGCCUUUGAAACUCGGAAUAAUACCAACCACAGCACAGCAUGGAAUUUCUAGAGAGGUCUUAUUUCAAAACUUAAGAACGAGAACCACAUGGACUUGUGCAAGGGAGGUGGAACCGGCCUGUGUUUGAGGGGGAGGAUCAUGUGUGCCCAACCUGGAACUAACACGAAGGAGGCCAAGUGGCAGAAGAUCUUGUAUGAACGACAGCCCUUUCCUGAUAACUAUGUGGACCGGCGUUUCCUGGAAGAGCUCCAGAAAAACAUCUACGCCCGGAAAUACCAGUACUGGGCGGUGGUAUUUGAGUCCAGCGUGGUGGUACAGCAGCUGUGCAGUGUCUGUGUUUUUGUCGUUAUCUGGUGGUAUAUGGAUGAGGGUCUUCUGGCCCCCCAGUGGCUUUUUGGGACUGGCCUGGCUUCUUCACUGAUUGGUUAUGUUUUGUUCGAUCUCAUUGAUGGAGGUGAAGGACGGAAGAAGAGUGGGAGGACCCGGUGGGCUGACCUGAAGAGCGCCCUCGUUUUCAUUACUUUUACGUACGGUUUUUCGCCAGUGCUGAAGACCCUGACGGAGUCUGUCAGCACGGAUACCAUCUAUGCCAUGGCAGUCUUUAUGCUCUUAGGCCACCUCAUUUUCUUUGACUAUGGCGCCAAUGCCGCCAUUGUAUCCAGCACGCUGUCCUUGAACAUGGCCAUCUUUGCUUCUGUCUGCCUCGCGUCACGCCUGCCCCGGUCCCUGCAUGCCUUCAUCAUGGUGACAUUUGCCAUCCAGAUUUUUGCCCUGUGGCCUAUGUUACAGAAGAAACUGAAGGCGUGUACUCCCCGCAGCUACGUGGGAGUCACACUGCUUUUUGCAUUUUCAGCCUUGGGAGGCCUGCUGUCCAUCAGUGCUGUGGGAGCCAUCCUUUUUGCCCUUCUGCUGGUUUCCAUCUCUUGUCUCUGCCCUUUCUACCUCAUUCGCCUACAGCUUUUUAAAGAAAACAUUCAUGGGCCUUGGGAUGAGGCCGAAAUCAAAGAAGACUUGUCCAGAUUUCUCAGCUAAGUUAGAGACUUCCAUUCUGUUAUUAAGGCAAGCUGAUAGACUAGCCUCCUAACUAGUAUAAGAUUUGAAUCUUACAAGAGUCCCAUUCUGGAAGCAACGUACCAGUGUGGGUCGGGGAACAGAGAUCAAAAGAAAAAACUAACCAAAGGCGUGGGUGGUGAAGGUGCUUGCCCUUCUGUUAUUUUGUGGAUGAAAAAGCUUCCUGGGGCCCUCUUGAAUUCUUGCCUGUCAUCCGCUGUAACAAAGUGAUGUGGUUUCUAUUUAUUAAAUAACAGCACAUCCAUUAAGUU